GAUACGCUGAGAAUUGAACCAAGAGACCAAGACCUUUUUGCUAAAUCUGCCUAAUUAUAGAAUCCAAAUGCAGAAGAAACCAUGAAAUUAGUCUCGACGAAAAAAAAAGGAACAUUGGUAUUCACAGCACGAUUGGAAACUAGUGAAGAAACUAAUCGAUUAAUCGAAGUAAUUGAAGUCGAAACAGACUCGUCUCUGGUCAUAUUUGUAAACAUUUUAGAAAAUUAGAGGCAAUAAGUGUUUUUAAAGUUCGAAAUUGGUAUUUAUUUACCAUGGGUGAUGGAAAACGAGACCACAGUGAUAGUGAAGAAGAGUGGGUCGGACCAUUACCAUCGGAAGCUGCACCCGUAAAGAAAAAAAGAGUAUUGGAAUACGAGAGUGUAUACGUGGAUAAUUUGCCAAGCAGUGAAACUUAUGAAAAAAGUUUCAUGCACAAGGAUGUUGUCACACACAUUUUAGUAACAAAUAGGACCAAUUUUCUCAUAACAGCUAGUUGUGAUGGAAGCCUCAAAUUUUGGAAGAAACAAGAAGAAUUGAUAGAAUUCGUAAAACACUAUCGUGCACAUUAUAAAGCAAUUAUUGUCUCACUUUGUGGAAGCCAUAAUGGCGUGCAUGCAUGCACUGUCAGUGACGACAAAACCAUAAAAGUCUUUGACGUUAUUAAUUUUGACAUGAUUAAUAUUUUGAAACUGGAAUAUGUCCCUCUAUGUGCUGAAUGGAUUUAUGCGGAUGGCGAUGCAAUAUCUGCAGUUGCAGUAUCAGAUCAGGAUUCAAAUAAAAUAUAUGUUUACGAUGGUUUAGGCAAUUCGACCCCUUUACAAAUUUUUGAAAAAUUACACACCAAACCGGUCAUUUCCAUGAAGUACAAUCCGGUCUAUGAAACUUGUAUAUCAGUGGACAAAGCCGGGAUCCUAGAAUACUGGACAGGACCGAAAUUAGAGUACAAUUUCCCAAAGUGUGUCUCUUUUGACUCGAAAUUGGACACCGAUUUGUUUGAAUUCGCGAAAAACAAAACUUACCCUUGUGGUUUGGCGAUAUCCCCAGAUGGAAGGAAGUUUGCCUCGCUCGGUAGGGAUCGUAAAGUUCGAAUCUUUCACUUCCACACUGGGAAAUUGUAUCGUGUAUUUGAUGAGAGCCUUCAAAGGUACACAGAACUUCAGCAAACUACUUUGCAGUUGCCAAACAUGGAAUUCGGUCGCCGGAUGGCUGUUGAGAGGGAAUUGGACAAAACUGAAUCGAAUCUGGGAAACAUUGUGUUUGAUGAAUCUGGUUAUAUGAUUUUUUACAGCACAAUGCUUGGAAUCAAGCUUGUGAAUAUUUAUACAAAUCGAUGUAUUAGAAUAAUAGGAAAACCCGAGAAUCUUCGACCAAUGCAGUUGGCUCUCUUUCAGGGCAGAGCUAAGAAAACUGCAGGUGCUGUCAGUGUGGAAAUGGAAGCUUCGGAUAAUUCGGCCCUCGAGAUGAAUAAACCGGAUCCCACAUUAUUUUGUACGGCUCUGAAAAAGAAUCGAUUCUAUUUAUUCACAAGACGCGAGCCCGACGACACAAAAAGUCAAGAAUGCGACCGAGACGUUUUCAACGAGAAACCGUCGAAGGAAGACAUCAUUUCUUCGACGGAAGCAACGAAUAUGCAGAAAAUAUAUGACAAUGCGAUCAUUCACACGACUCUCGGAGACAUUCAUGUGACUCUUUUUGGAAAAGAUGUGCCGAGAACAGUUGAGAAUUUUUGCGUCCACUCGAAAAAUGGCUAUUACAACAGUCACAUUUUUCAUCGAGUUAUGAAAACUUUCAUGAUCCAAACUGGAGAUCCAACUGGAACUGGAACUGGAGGCGAAAGUAUUUGGGGUGGCGAGUUUGAGGACGAAUUUAGGCCACAUUUAAAACACGACAGGCCCUACACGCUCAGCAUGGCAAAUGCAGGACCUAAUACGAAUGGAAGUCAAUUUUUUAUAACGCUCACGCCAACGUCGUGGUUAGAUAACAAGCACACAGUUUUUGGCAGAGUUGUGAAAGGAAUGGAAGUUGUACAGAAUAUUAGUCAAGUAAAAACCAAUCCGAAGACAGAUAAGCCAUACGAUGACAUUCGAAUAGUUAGCAUAACUGUAAAGUAAUUUUUUAUAAAUAAAAUGCAACCUUAUUUAUGGUUUUUGAUUUUUCAUA